AUGGCCCCCGGCUGCUCGGCACCUGUAAACCGUGAGGAUUGCAAACAGGAAACCUGGUUGACAGAUAAAAAUAUUCUACGAGGGCUGCCGGAGGGGAAGCGGAGUGGAGGGUGUGAAGGGGACCCCACGGAUGACAGACGUCCCCUCUUCAGCACCUUCAAACCCAUCGGUGAGGGGAACACGGCCGGCGCCAAGCUGGGUCCCAACACGACCCCGGUCCAGCCGCCAAGAGCAGAGCAGCCCCUGGGACACCACAACACAGAUGGCAGGGUUCCACCAGGCUCUCCGCUCUCCCCACGGGGCUGGUCCCCGCUGGAGGGGGACCCACGGCCAGAGCUGGUGGCCCUGGGUGGUCCCCCAGGCUCUCCGCUCUCCCCACGGGGCUGGCCCCCGCUGGAGGGGGACCCACGGCCAGAGCUGGUGGCCCUGCGUGCCCGGACGAGGCUGUGGUUCGAGCAGACGCAAGCCAGGAGGCUGGGGGCCGAGGGCAAGCUCCCAGCCUGGUUCCACGGCUUCAUCAGCCGGAGGGAGACGGAGCAGCUGCUGCAGGAUCAGCCCCAGGGCUGCUUCCUUGUCCGCUUCAGCGAGAGCACCGUCGGCUUCGUCCUGUCCUACAGGGGCGGGGAUCGCUGCCGGCAUUUUGUCCUGGAUGAGCUGCCGGAUGGGCGGUACGUGAUCCUGGGGGAGCGGAGCGCCCACGCCGAGCUGGCUGACCUGCUGCGGCACUACACGGCCGCCCCCGUCACGCCGUACCACGACCCGCCCGUGGCACGGGGGCCGCACAGCCCCGCCGGCGGAGCAGCAGCUCCCAAAGGUCCCUACGCUCAGGUGCACAAAGAAGCCACCCGCCCCGAGCUGCCGGCGCCGCCCCAGCCGGCCGAUGCCAAGUACCAGCAGCUCCUGUGCUUCCACACCUACGCCGAGCCCCGCGAGGGCAUCGCCCCCAGGCCCUCCAUCUACUACGAGCUGGAAGAGCCCAUCCCCUUCUACGCCAUGGGACGGGGCUCGAGCCCCAGCGCCGACCCCGAGGAAAACCUCUACUCCGAGGUGGCACUGGCCCGGCAGGACCUGCCCGCUCCGCUCUCCGUGGGGACCCGAGGGGCCUUCGCCACGCUGCCUCCC